ACAAAAUGGCCAGUCUUACCAUACCUUUCCUCACUUCCGUGCUGUUGAUCGGUGGUGUUCAGGCCCUGGAGCUCUGCUCUACAUUGCGUACGGCGUUGCCAGGAAAAGUCUUUGGAGCGUCUGAUACGGCUGGUUAUCAAGAGUCAAAGUCUGAAUACUUCUCGGACUGGAACGGAGACAUCAACCCAGCAUGCUUCGUGGUACCGACCGAAGCUGAGGAUGUGGCGCUCAUCGUCAAGACUGCAAAGGACACGCACUGUCCCUUCGCGGCCAAGUCGGGUGGUCACACGUACUUCGAAUCGGCAAGCAACAUCGAGAAUGGCAUCACCAUUGACUUCCGCGGCCUCAAUCAGGUGACACCCAAUGGCGACGGCACCGUCAGCCUCGGUCCAGGUGGAAGAUGGGGCGACGUCUACGAUACUCUGGAUCCGUUGAACAUCACUGUCCUUGGUGGGCGUCUGCGACAUAUCGGCGUUGGGGGCCUGCUGUUGGGCGGAGGCACCAGCUUUCUGACUCCUGAGCAUGGCUUUGCGUGCGACAACAUCUGCAGAUAUCAGGUCGUCAAUGCUGAUGGAGAGAUCAUCUGGGCAAGCCAGGAGACAAAUUCUGAUCUCUUCUGGGCGCUGAGAGGUGGUGCGAAUAACUUUGGCUUGGUCGUCCGCUUCGACGUCGACGCCGUUCCCGGCAGCAAUUUCUGGGGAGGCACUAUAGACUACGACAUCUCGCAGCUGCAGUCGGUGGCUUCUGCAUUUGGUGCGCUCGCCGAUCCAAAGACAAAGGACGACAAGGCGACAACAUGGAUUGUUGUCGUGCGCCAGCCGGCCGCCAACUCUUGGACUAUCAAUACCGUACCUGUAUACUCAGAACCAGUGAUAGAAACGCCAAAAAUCUUCGAGCCCUUCGUCAAGAUUCCGUCUACCAAGAAGAACCUCCGCAUUGCUAGACACGGUGUUUUUGCCAACGAGUCGAUGGACGCACCGAACGGCUUCCGUUGUGAUGGCUUUGUCAUCACCAUGAAGUUCAACACAGACAUCAUCGAAUAUGCAAUCAACAAGGCCAAGUCAGAGCCAUUCAGCAACAACACCCAGCUACUGGCCUUUACCCUUGGCUUUCAGCAAUUUGGUCAGACUACCCUCACGCACACUAAUGUCCGCGGGGGCAAUCCGCUGGGUCUGGGCGACAGUGGACCUUUAAUCAUGAUUCAAGUUCAGUUCCUCUGGCUGAAGAAUGAAUCGAGUCCCCUUGAUCAAGAGUUCCAAAGCGCGGGCCAGCAAUUCAUCGCGGACCUCGGGGCCUGGGCCAAAGAGCAAGGGCACGAGAAUUCGUACCUCUAUUUGAACUACGCCGACAAAAGUCAGGAUGUCUUUGGAUCGUAUGGUCAGGCCAACAAGGAGAGGUUGCAGCGCAUCGCGAAACAGUAUGAUCCGGAGGGUGUCUUUCAGAAAUUGAUGCCGGGAGGGUUGAAGUUGUUCUGA